UGUGUUCUUCGGUCGGUUUUGAAAUCUCCACAGUGCGAAAAGUGCAGCAAAUUUGUGAAGACUUAUACAGAAAGAUUAUUGGGGAAAAAGUUGGAAAUAUUAAAUUUAAACGGGGAACAUUGAGCAAUUUUUGAACUGUAUGUGUUAAAAAUUAGUGUGACGUUUAAUUCUUUAAAUUCAGACAAAGAUUAUAGUCCGAGCUGAGAAGGAAAGAGAAUAAGGUCCAGUAGGCGUGAACAAAGUAAAAAGGAAUAAGAAAGUACGGAUAAAAACGUUACGUUAAAAUGGAGCACGAGGAUAAUGCGCAUUUGGACAAUUUUUUGCAAAAUUCUCAACAUUUAAUGGAGAAUUUGCAGAUGGAUAGUGGUGAUGGUGUGUGUGAUAAUGUUGCUGUAGAUGAGAUUGGUGGAAAAUUUGAGGUGCAUGAAGAGCAUGAUGAAGAGGAAUGGAAAUAUAUCAAAGAAGGGCAGCAGAGCGAAAAGCAACAGCAACAGCAGCAGUUGAAAGCCAGUGUGGCUUGUAAAAACGUGGAAGGCGUAGAGGAAGUUGGCAACGGGCAUGGAUAUGGAUACGAGCAUGAUGAUGUCGGUGCCGAUAUACUUUUGCUAGACCAUCACGAAGUUGGUAACGGUGUCGUUGCCAUUUCAGCCGCAGUUGACGCAGACGCUGACAAUGCCGCAACCGGCAUUGAAGAGAAUGAAGAAGUCGACGUAGAAGUAAUAAAAAAUGAUGGUGAUUUUUCAACAACUUCAAAUACUACCUCUACAGCCGGUGAAGACGGCUAUGCAGAUACCGGUGUGUUGCAAGUGCAAAUGCAAAUUGAACAUAUACCACAAGGGCAAUUAAUACCAAAACAAGUUGAAGAUCUGUUGGAAGAAGGUACUAAUACAGGAAGCAUGGCGGAUGAGACCGAAGAAGACGACCCUAGUUCGUUAGCAACCAAUAAUACUAAUCGAACAAAUAGCCUUAGUGAGAGUGCUCCACAGCAGGAAUUACAACAAAUACCGAUAGAAGGCAAUAUUAUAAAGAGUGAUGAUUUUUCAAAUGAGGACAAGGAAAAUAACGUUCCAUCACUUACAAAUGCCCAUGGUGAUAUUCCAUUCGUGGAAACAACUGGAAAUAGUGAUUACGAAUCGGAAAUGCACUCUCAAUUAAAUCCGAAUGCAAUAGAAUUUGUUCCAAGCUUUGGAUCAAACCCUACUUCUCCAACUAUCGAUAAUAAAGAAUUUGUUGUUGAAGAAGAUGUUUCAAAUAGGGUUGAGGAAAUACCAACACAACCAAACUCACUUCCACGGCACCUACUGGGCGAUGAUGAUUUUGUUGCUCAGAGCCCACGCAAGGGAAGUGCUGAAUCCAACUUGGACGCAAUUGCUUUACCAGAAGAAAAUGAUUUUGAACACGAAGCUGCAAAACGCCCGCAUGAAUUGGAACAAGAAGACGAUUUGAUUGGUGUGGGUUCGGUAGAGCACUCACAACAGGAUCCUCAAUUAAUUCAAGAACAUUUGGAAAGUCACAAUAGUUAUGGCGAGAAUAUACUUGAAUUAGAAAGAAAUGCAAAUGAAUAUUGUUCAGAUAUACUCAGUCAAUCGCCAUUAAACUUAAUCGAUCAUGGUCCCGAGACUUCUGUCGAUUUAGAUACAGACUCACAACCGGUUGAUGUUGAAAAAAUAGACGAAACGCAUGAGAACCCUAAAGAAAAUGUUGAAAUUAUCGAAGAUGUAUUUAAUACGGUACAACCAUUACCAAUAGAUUUGAACAGCUCAUUUGUUGAGGAAUCAUCGCAUCAAGGAUCUGCCACUGAGGGGAAAGAGUUGCUUGAUGUAGACGAAAAAGAAAAUAUUUCGCAUUCGCCGUCUACGGAAGAGAUGCAAAUGAACUUGCAAAACGAAUUACAUUCCUCAGUGAAGGAUAUUCCACAAAUUCCGAUCGAUAUGGACAAUGUUGCAAAUAUGCAAGACUCCUUUUAUGUAGAAAGUACUUCCUCUGAAGCGCGUAAUCAACUUGCACCGGGUAUCGACUUUACUUCCGUUGAUGAACCGAAUUUGUAUAAUGACGAAAUUCAAAUCCCUAAUGUGGAGGAACAAUCAUCUGUGAUCGAUGAUCCUUCAUUUGAAAGUGUCCGACACUCUGUACCUAACACUUUCGAAUGUGAGCCAGGUACUGUUUUCGAUGCUUCGCCUACGUCUUUGAAUAUAUUCGCACCAGAGUUUACACCUACACAGAAAUCAAUCGAUGCUGAUAUGAUAUCACCUUCACCUGUAUCAACUGAAGAGAAACACCUAAUCGAAGAAACCAAAGAACAAACAACCUUAAGUGAAACCACAGAAGACCUUGAGCAAAAAAUGGAUGAUUUAAUAAUAUCUUCAAAUGAUGGAAUCCUCUCACAGGUAGAGGAGGUUGCACAAACAGCAGCUAACAUCGUUGAAAGUCUGAAUCCAUUUGCUGCUUCAGAACCCGAACAAGACACAUCGCUUGAACAGCCACCAAUUGAAGUGGAACAUGCAUUUUCAGCAUUUUCAAACGAACUGCAGCCAGAUGCUGGCUUUUCGCAGCAAAACGAACAAAGCUACCACAACGAACCACAAGAGCAACAACACUCACAGGAGGAAACAGCAGAGUCCACAUUUGAACAUCACGAAGACAAUUUAUUAUUGACAAAGCCAGAAGAUGAACAACCACUAGUAGCGUCCCCUGUAAAAUUGGAGUCUGAAUUAAAUGGAUUUGAGGAGCACAUACCAGCUUCCAUAUCUGUGGAAACCUCGAAUCCUGCUCCAUUUGAGCCAGAGCCAGUAGAUUUAUCAGUUGAACCAGUGCAUGAAGAGGCUCAUGUGGAACUGGUAGAGUCCCCAGUUGCUGAGCCUGCACAUGAAGAGACUCAUGUGCAACUGGUAGAGUCCCCCGUUGCUGAGCCAGAAUAUGCGGCUGUCCCUGAGCCAGAAAUCAAAGCUGUGCCAGAGCCAGAAGUACAAUCAGUUUCUGAGCCAGAGCUUAUGAUGCAGCCAGAGUCGGAGGCACUCCAUUCUGAGCCUGUAAAUGUAUUAUUUGAGAGCAGUAAUUUUGAUGCAAAUGUUUCGGCUGUGGCUGAACCAAUUUUAGAAACUUCAGAUCAGCCCUCGGUGCCUACUCAUUCGGAAACCACUAUAGAGUCAGCUGCUAAUGAAACCACACCAUCAGCUGUUGAAGAAGCCGUGAUUGCUGCUGCUGCUGUAGGUGCACUGGCAGCUACAGCUGGCGCCGUGAAAGCUGCGGCAGAUGCUCGCAAAAAACCAGAGGUUAAACAGACUCGUACUCCAACUUCGACGAAAACCAAGGCUAUCGAUGUCAAAAAGGCUGCAGAACCAGCUAAAAAACCGAUUGGCAAAACCACUCUUUCAACGGUGUCUGCCGCUAGACCACGUACUGCUCCGGCUAAGACGGCUGCUACCGCUGAGAAAAAACCGGCUACAACUAAAUUGUCAGCUAAUACUGCUGCUCGCAAGCCUCUAACGUCUACCACUGCAGCGUCUCGCACAGUUACUAAGACAACAACUACAACACGCCCAACGACAGCUCCCACUGCUGCUAAAUUGACUGCUUCUCGUACCACUACCUUGUCUACUGCACGUCGUUCUGCACCAACUACUACAGGGGCAUCGACGACUGUUUCCAAUGGCACAACCACAGCCAAGCCCAAACCAACCAGCAGUGCACCUACUAAGCCAACAACUUUGGGUCUCUCGGGUACAACCAAACCGAAGUUGUCAUCACCUCGCACCACUUUAACAUCGCAACUACGCAAGGCUCCAACUACCACAGGUACUGGUCUAGCUACGACUAAAAGUCCUCUUAAGACUACAGCACCAACGGCUAACGGCGUAACUAAAAGUUCGACCACUACAACUGCUGCAAGUCGUGCUAAGAGUUCGACUUCAACUUCUACCACUACAACAACCACAACAACUAAGACUUUUACUGCUCGCCCUGCUCCGAAGACUACGCAUUCAUCGACAUUAUCAUCGACUACGACACGCCGCACUGUAGGCAGUGCAUCGAUUAGUGCAACAGCUGCAAAAACCUCCAGCAGUACGUUGCAGAAAAAGACUCCACCGGGACCUACUACUAGACCAUCAACAGCUGGCAAAACCUCACUUUCACCUACGAAAACGACAAACUCACUUCUGAAAGCGAAAACCAAAGAUGUAACUAAGAAAGCAGUAACUCCAACUAAAUCAUCAAAUCUAUUAAAAAAUAAGCCUACCGUAGAACAGACAAAAACAAAUGGUACUGCUGCUCUAGGAGCAGAAGAGCCUACUAUUAUUCAACCGGAGCAAACACCCCAUUUGAACGGUAAAGGAGACGGUGACGCUUUGCAACUGAUAGAGAAUGGUAUUCAUAAACUUGAGCUAGAGAAUGGUGAAGAUCCCCUAUUGGAGCAGCAUAUACAGGCAUCUCUGAUCGAUGCUUAAAGGGAAGGAACAGAAAGAAGACUUUGUAUUUUUUUAAAGUGCAGUAAGCAAAAUGAAGAAAUGUUAGAUCAAAGAAAGCGAUCGUCGUCAUUUAAUAAUAUCUAUUUUUGUGGGGGAACUUACCUUUGGACAAGUAGACAUAAUGCACAAGGUACUUGGUAGAAAGCAGUGGAGUGGUAGGUAAAAGCAGCUGCGCAUAAUUUUUAUAAUUUUAUUGCUGCGCAGAUUGCUAUUCACAAUUAAAACAAAUAAAAUCAGAAGAGUAUUUUGAUGGAGGAAAAUAAUAUUUUAGACGAACUUUGAUAAGAAAGAUGAGAUUCAAUAAGAGAUAGUAGAAAUUCACAUGAUACGCGAAUAAUUCUCGAUAGUGGAGUACGAAUGUGACGGUGGCGAAACGAACAAAAACUAUAAAAUUAAAUAAUUGCAUAUUUUCAACGAAAAUAUUUUCAAUUUAAAUUAAAAUACAUAUGCAGUGGUCAUUGGUGUUGGCCAAAUUGCGAUAGACUCUGCAUGAAUGCAAAAGUGCACAUCCCAAAUAUAUAUGUUUUUGAUAUAAUCGCUUGAAAGUAAUCUUCGUCAAGUUGCAUGGUUCUCGAAAGUGUUUACCUUUUCAAAAAAGGGAACACAUUUUUAAUGUGUACUUGUUUAAUUUUUAUUAUACUUUUUUUGUUUUGAAUAGUUCGGUGUCUAAUGUUUUCAAUUAUUAUUUUUUUUUUUUUGCUGUUUUAUAAUCGGAUAAGACUUCUAUGGCGAAUAUUGUCAUUUACACUGAUUUUYCACUCCUUUUAUUGCAUACCCAUAUUUAAAGACAAAAAUAUUUAUUGUUUCAGUUAUUUUUUUAUACUCAUUAUCAUCCAUGGAUUGAUGUUGGAAUGCUCAUCGUUAAUUAUUAUGUUUUGAUGUUUAUCAUAGUAAUUUUUUACUUUUGUCAUUUAUUUAAAUAGUAGAUUUUGUGCUGGUGAAUGUAUGGAAAAGACGAAAAAUGAAAUAAAAAAUCAUAAAAUUUAUGAAAAAGCUAAAGAAAAAAAUUUCUUAUUACCACUUUGUGAGCCAGUAGUUUUUGGCCUAACAACGACAACUAAUAAUACGCAAAAAAAAAUUAAAAAAUAUUAAAUGCAAAACAUAAGCAGAACAAAAAAAUAAAUAAAAUAUAUUAAAAAAAAAAAAUGUAUGCGCGAAAUGCGUCAUAAGUAAAAACAUACGAAGUGAAAUUAUCUUUUAUACACAUACAUACAUAUGUAUAUGAAUAUCUAUUAAACAUUAGAUGGCAUGCGAAAGAUCUUUUAAUCUUCAAUCACAUUAACGAUCGAAUUGUGCAUUUUUGAUAUAUUUUUGUACUUCAUUAUUCUGUUCCUGUUUACAAUAUGUGAGUAAAUGUAUAACACAAAAAAACGAAGCAGUAUACUUAAUUAUAAAUAAA